ACUGUCGGAGGGGACCUGUGAGUGAGUGUUCCGUGUGCGAGUGUGUGUGCUGAACUGAGCGGAGGUGAAGAAGAGGAGGAUGAAGCUUGGAGCGGAGGAUGGGAGGAAGAGUGGAGUAAGAGACAGGCUAGCUGCGUGUGAAUGAGUGAGUGAAGAAGAGGAGAAGGUCGUCUGAGGGACCGAAGAAAAGAGGAUACUUCUGUUUUUUGGGGACUAUCUCCGGAGCUUUACUAAGGGAAACUUUUAACUUUUUUACCCGCCACAGCUCGGCUUGAGCCUGGAGCCGGCUUUGUUUCGCGGCGGGGGUGUCUGAGAUAAAUGAAGGAAUAAAAGAGAAGCCGUCGAUAUUUUUUACCCAAGCGGGGAAUACCCUGGAAUUGAUUUUAAUACAGGUUGCAAGAGGAUGGCGGCCAAUAUGUACCGAGUGGGAGACUACGUUUACUUUGAGAACUCCUCCAGCAACCCAUACCUGAUCCGGAGAAUAGAAGAGCUCAACAAGACAGCCAAUGGAAAUGUAGAGGCGAAGGUGGUGUGUCUGUUCAGGAGGAGAGACAUCUCAGGCAACCUCAACACUCUGGCAGACAGCAACGCAAGUGAGUACCUCAAAGCGCCUCUUCAGCUUUCCUGUUCUCCUGUCUCACCAGCGGCCCAGUCUCCUCAGUGGUACGCCUGGGGCCCCCCAAACAUGCAGUGCAGACUAUGUGCUUCUUGUUGGAUCUACUGGAAGAAGUAUGGCGGUCUGAAGACCCCCACUCAGCUGGAGGGAGCAGCUAGAGCCGGCUCUGAGUCAGGCUCUCGCAGUCACAUGACCCGCCAGGAGGUCCAGGGCAUGUCGCCGUUCACUCGCAACGAGGGCCGAGCCAAGCUGCUGGCCAAGAACCGGCAGACCUUCAUCCUGCAGACCACCAAGCUGACCCGCAUCGCACGGCGGGUGUGUGAGGACAUCCUGCAGCCCCGCCGCGCUGCGCGCAGACCCUACGCCUCCAUCAACGCCAACGCCGUCAAGGCUGAGUGUAUGAUCAGACUGCCUAAAGCCACUAAAUCUCCGUUAAAGAGCAAGGUGAUACCUCGACAGUCUCUGGCCACUAUAGUGAAGGAUUUAGCCAUCUCAGCUCCUCUGAAGCUGAAGGCCUCCAGAGGUCCUCCAACACCCAUCAACAGAAACCAGGCCAGCCAGCCUAGAGUGGCCCAAAGCCUGCUGGGAAAGAGAGGCUUUGAAUCAGCGACAGGGGUGCCCUACCCAGCCAAUGGGAGGCCGUACACAUCAGGCAUGAGAACCACGUCCCAGUCAGUCAUUAAGCGGCAGAAGGUCAGCCAAGGAGAAGCUCCCAAUCCUGUGGUGUUUGUGGCCACCAAGGACACCAGGGCUCUGAGGAAACACCUGACCCAGUCAGAGAUGCGCAGGGCGGCAAGGAAACCUCACCUGCUGGUCCGGAUCAAGCUGCCGCCCCCACCCCGUUCCCUGGCCGUGCCGCUGCUCCCCUCCAGCACCAGCGAGCCCAUCAUCCUGGAAGACUGAAGCCUAGUGAGGGGGUGUUUUAACGGGACAUGGGGCUGGGGAGGGAACCGCUGAGGGUUUGUGCUCUGGCUCUGACUUCCAGGCAGCACACAUUGCCAUAAAGUACUCUGAUCUUUCCUGUUUUCUUUAGUUUUUGUUUCCUUGUUUUUCUCCCUAAACAUGUCUUGUUCAACACACACACACGCAAGCACACACACACACACACAGAUGACAGAAUAUUUUUUCUUAUUUAAAAUAAAAAGCAGCUCUACAUUUCCAUGCUCUCACUCCCAGGACUUGUAAUUUUUAUUAUGAAUCCUGGAUUAUUAAACAGCCCGUUUUAUUAUGUUUUACAAAUGUAUAAUUUAAAUUCCUGAUAUUUCUCACCUCAAAACAGUGAUAAUGAUGAAGCACAUUUUGAUUUUCUUCUGCAUCUGGUAUGUUUUUGUAAAUAGAUUUCUCUCCAUGUCAGCCUGCUGCUGAGCGCAGCGGACAGCUGUUCAGUCCAAGCGAUCCAUCAUCGUUUCAGUUUGAUCCAACGUUCAGCUUCCCAUCAAAGGAACGGUCUGAGCUGGGCUCGUUGGUAACCGCGUCAACCUGCCGCAUUGUUAGUUUAGCUUUUAGGUUGUUGACUGCAGGUGUACAAGAAAUCCAAAAAGAGCAUCACCGUUAACCCCUCACAUAACAUCAGAUUGAAUAAUGAUGAUUUUUUUGUAUGCAAUCUGUCAUCUUCUAAAAAGAUUAAACAGCAAUAAAAAAAUUUUUUUAUUUUUAGAAUGUUGAUCAGGAAGUUCUUCAUGUGGCUUUAACUCUCUUCUGAACAGAAGCCAAGUUUCUGAUUGGGAUUCGGGUGUUUUGUUCAAAGGGCGAACGCUGAAAGGAAGUUGUUCAUUUGCUGUUUGAGAAUUAUUGAAAUAUCCACGGUAUCUGGGUAUUACACCGGUUUUACAAGUUUGGUCCCAAUGUGGACUAAGUUUUUUUUUUUCAAAAACUAAAAAAAAGUCUAGAGUGUAGCUUGUAUAAAGCCAUGUAAAUUAAAAAAGAUUGGCUCCUUUUUUAAAAGUGGAAAGUAACUGCUUCUCCAUAAUGGUGGAGAUUGCUCUAACAUGCACAAACAUGUCCAGUCAACAGGUUGGGGAGGGGCGACUUUUGUAAAAGGAGAGACUAACAUGCCACAAUAAAAACUUUUCUCAAGUGUUUUUUUUUUUAUUCCGUCUGUAUCCUUAAAUGUAUCUUGUUAAGAAAAAUAAAGAUUUUCUUUUUCUUUGUGUUCA